AUGAGACUUUUAUACAACAAUCGUCAAGGUCUAGGUGGUAUUGAAUUUGGAUAUAUUGGUACUGAUGGCGUUUACACUGAUGAUUUCUCAGGGGUUAUUUACAAUUUAGAAAGUGCUGCAGAAACUUGUGAUGCGCCAGGUGGUGCCACAACCACUUACACACCAUGGACUGGUAAAUCUACCUCUACCAUUGGAACUAGUAUAUAUACAUUUGAGGGAAGUGAUGGUAUUCCAACCACUUCAACUAUUUUUACAGUUGAAACUCCAGAAUACGAUGCUGUUAUUACCACAUACACACCAUGGACUGGUACAUAUACAUCUACUAUUGGCACCAGUGUUACAACUAGUAUUGGCUCAGAUAGUAAUCCAACUACCUCUACUAUCUACACAGUCGAAACUCCAGAAGAUAAAGGUACUACUAUCACUUACACACCAUGGACUGGUACAUACACAUCUACUAUUGGUACUAGUGUUACCACCAGUGUUGGUUCUGAUGGUAUCACAACUACCUCUACUAUCUACACAUUCGAAACUCCAGAAGUUGAAGGUACUACUACCACUUACACACCAUGGACUGGUACAUACACAUCUACUAUUGGUACCAGUGUUACCACCAGUGUUGGAUCAGAUGGUAUUCCAACAACCUCUACUAUCUAUACAGUUGAAACUCCAGAAGUUGAAGGUACUACUACCACUUACACACCAUGGACUGGUACAUACACAUCUACUAUUGGUACCAGUGUUACCACCAGUGUUGGUUCUGAUGGUAUCACAACUACCUCUACUAUCUAUACAGUUGAAACUCCAGAAGUUGAAGGUACUACUACCACUUACACCCCAUGGACUGGUACAUAUACAUCUACUAUUGGCACCAGUGUUACAACUAGUAUUGGCUCAGAUGGUAUUCCAACUACCUCUACUAUCUACACAGUCGAAACUCCAGAAGUUGAAGGUACUACUACCACUUACACACCAUGGACUGGUACAUACACAUCUACUAUUGGUACUAGUGUUACCACCAGUGUUGGUUCUGAUGGUAUCACAACUACCUCUACUAUCUACACAGUCGAAACUCCAGAAGUUGAAGGUACUACUACCACUUACACACCAUGGACUGGUACAUACACAUCUACUAUUGGUACUAGUGUUACCACCAGCGUUGGUUCUGAUGGUAUCACAACUACCUCUACUAUCUACACAGUUGAAACUCCAGAAGUUGAAGGUACUACUACCACUUACACACCAUGGACUGGUACAUACACAUCUACUAUUGGUACCAGUGUUACCACCAGUGUUGGAUCAGAUGGUAUUCCAACAACCUCUACUAUCUAUACAGUUGAAACUCCAGAAGUUGAAGGUACUACUACCACUUACACACCAUGGACUGGUACAUACACAUCUACUAUUGGUACCAGUGUUACCACCAGUGUUGGUUCUGAUGGUAUCACAACUACCUCUACUAUCUACACAGUCGAAACUCCAGAAGUUGAAGGUACUACUACCACUUACACACCAUGGACUGGUACAUACACAUCUACUAUUGGUACCAGUGUUACCACCAGUGUUGGAUCAGAUGGUAUUCCAACUACCUCUACUAUCUAUACAGUUGAAACUCCAGAAGAUAAACGUACUACUACCACUUACACACCAUGGACUGGUACAUACACAUCUACUAUUGGUACUAGUGUUACCACCAGUGUUGGUUCUGAUGGUAUCACAACUACCUCUACUAUCUACACAGUUGAAACUCCAGAAGUUGAAGGUACUACUACCACUUACACACCAUGGACUGGUACAUACACAUCUACUAUUGGUACCAGUGUUACCACCAGUGUUGGAUCAGAUGGUAUUCCAACUACCUCUACUAUCUACACAGUCGAAACUCCAGAAGAUAAAGGUACUACUAUCACUUACACACCAUGGACUGGUACAUACACAUCUACUAUUGGUACCAGUGUUACAACUAGUGUUGGUUCCGAUGGUAUUCCAACCACCUCUACUAUCUACACAGUCGAAACUCCAGAAAACCAAGGUGUAACUACUAGCUACACUCCAUGGACUGGUACAUACACUUCCACUAUUGGUACUAGUGUUACCACCAGCGUUGGUUCCGAUGGUAUUCCAACUACCUCUACUAUCUACACAGUCGAAACUCCAGAAGAUAAAGGUACUACUAUCACUUACACACCAUGGACUGGUACAUACACAUCUACUAUUGGUACCAGUGUUACAACUAGUGUUGGUUCCGAUGGUAUUCCAACCACCUCAACUAUCUACACAGUCGAAACUCCAGAGAACCAAGGUGUUACUACUAGCUACACUCCAUGGACUGGUACAUACACUUCCACUAUUGGUACUAGUGUAACCACCAGUGUUGGUUCCGAUGGUAUUCCAACCACCUCUACUAUCUACACAGUCGAAACUCCAGAAAACCAAGGUGUUACUACUAGCUACACUCCAUGGACUGGUACAUACACUUCCACUAUUGGUACCAGUGUUACCACCAGUGUUGGUUCCGAUGGUAUCACAACUACCUCUACUAUCUAUACAGUCGAAACUCCAGAAAACCAAGGUGUAACUACUAGCUACACUCCAUGGACUGGUACAUAUACAUCUACUAUUGGCACCAGUGUUACAACUAGUAUUGGCUCAGAUGGUAUUUCAACCACCUCAACUAUCUACACAGUCGAAACUCCAGAGAACCAAGGUGUUACUACUAGCUACACUCCAUGGACUGGUACAUACACUUCCACUAUUGGUACCAGUGUUACAACUAGUGUUGGUUCCGAUGGUAUUCCAACCACCUCCACUAUCUACACAGUCGAAACUCCAGAAGAUAAACGUACUACUAUCACUUACACACCAUGGACUGGUACAUACACAUCUACUAUUGGUACCAGUGUUACAACUAGUGUUGGUUCCGAUGGUAUUCCAACCACCUCUACUAUCUACACAGUCGAAACUCCAGAAAACCAAGGUGUAACUACUAGCUACACUCCAUGGACUGGUACAUACACUUCCACUAUUGGUACUAGUGUAACCACCAGCCUUGGUUCCGAUGGUAUUCCAACCACCUCUACUAUCUACACAGUCGAAACUCCAGAGAACCAAGGUGUUACUACUAGCUACACUCCAUGGACUGGUACAUACACUUCCACUAUUGGUACUAGUGUAACCACCAGUGUUGGUUCCGAUGGUAUUCCAACUACCUCUACUAUCUAUACAGUUGAAACUCCAGAAGAUAAAGGUACUACUACCACUUAUACACCAUGGACUGGUACAUACACAUCUACUAUUGGUACCAGUGUUACAACUAGUGUUGGUUCCGAUGGUAUUCCAACCACCUCUACUAUCUACACAGUCGAAACUCCAGAAAACCAAGGUGUAACUACUAGCUACACUCCAUGGACUGGUACAUACACUUCCACUAUUGGUACUAGUGUAACCACCAGCCUUGGUUCCGAUGGUAUUCCAACCACCUCUACUAUCUACACAGUCGAAACUCCAGAGAACCAAGGUGUUACUACUAGCUACACUCCAUGGACUGGUACAUACACUUCCACUAUUGGUACUAGUGUAACCACCAGUGUUGGUUCCGAUGGUAUUCCAACCACCUCCACUAUCUAUACAGUCGAAACUCCAGAAGUUGAAGGUACUACUACCACUUACAUACAAUGGACUGGUACAUAUACAUCUACUAUUGGCACCAGUGUUACAACUAGUAUUGGCUCAGAUGGUAUUCCAACUACCUCUACUAUCUACACAGUCGAAACUCCAGAAGAUAAAGGUACUACUAUCACUUACACACCAUGGACUGGUACAUACACAUCUACUAUUGGUACCAGUGUUACAACUAGUGUUGGUUCCGAUGGUAUUCCAACCACCUCUACUAUCUAUACAGUCGAAACUCCAGAAAACCAAGGUGUAACUACUAGCUACACUCCAUGGACUGGUACAUACACUUCCACUAUUGGUACUAGUGUUACCACCAGCGUUGGUUCCGAUGGUAUUCCAACUACCUCUACUAUCUACACAGUCGAAACUCCAGAAGAUAAAGGUACUACUAUCACUUACACACCAUGGACUGGUACAUACACAUCUACUAUUGGUACCAGUGUUACAACUAGUGUUGGUUCCGAUGGUAUUCCAACCACCUCAACUAUCUACACAGUCGAAACUCCAGAAGCCGAAGGUGUUACUACUAGCUACACACCAUGGACUGGUACAUACACUUCCACUAUUGGUACUAGUGUUACCACCAGCCUUGGUUCCGAUGGUAUUCCAACCACCUCUACUAUCUACACAGUCGAAACUCCAGAAAACCAAGGUGUUACUACUAGCUACACUCCAUGGACUGGUACAUUUACUUCCACUAUUGGUACUAGUGUAACCACCAGUGUUGGUUCCGAUGGUAUUCCAACUACCUCUACUAUCUAUACAGUUGAAACUCCAGAAGAUAAAGGUACUACUACCACUUAUACACCAUGGACUGGUACAUACACAUCUACUAUUGGUACCAGUGUUACAACUAGUGUUGGUUCCGAUGGUAUUCCAACCACCUCAACUAUCUACACAGUUGAGACUCCAGAAACCAACGGUGUUACAACUACGUACACACCAUGGACUGGUACAUACACAUCUACUAUUGGUACUACCGUAUUUACUACCACUGGUACUGAUGGCAAACCAACCACCUCUACCACUUACACAGUUGAGACUCCAGAAUUUAAUGGUGUUAGUACCACUUAUACUUUUUGGACUGGUUCAUUUACCUCAACUUAUUUAACUACUAUAUUUACUACCACUGGCUCUAAUGGAUUGUCUACCACUUCCACUAUCAUUUACGUUGAAACACCAGGAUUUGGUUAUUUCAACAAUACCAGCUCUGAAUCAUCUCCAUUGACUACUAUUCCAGGUACUACCUCUACUUCUGAAACUGUUUCUCCAGUUAAUCCAACUACUGAGACAUCUGGAUUGCCUUCUAGUGUUACAAGAACUACUGUGAUUGUUACAUCUGGCAGAACUAUAACCUCGACUAUUGUCACAUGCGAUGCUACUACCACCACUGUUCCAAACAAUAGCAACAACAAUAAUGGUGGUUCUAACAAUUCCGGUUCCGAAGUUUAUUCUGUUAGUUCUGAGACUUCCAAUACACCAGUUACUGUUACUAAGACUAGUGUAUUCACUACAUCUGGAAGUACCAUUACUGCUACUAUCACCUCUACUAUUGUUCCAAAUAACAACAACAACAAUGGUGGAUCUGGUAGUUCUGAAACCGCUAAUACACCAGUUACUGUUACUAAGACUAGUGUGUUUACCACAUCUGGUAGCACAAUUACUGCUACUAUCACCUCUACUAUUGUUCCAAACAACAAUAAUAACAAUGGUGGAUCUGGUAGUUCUGAGGCUGCUAAUACACCAGUUACUGUUACUAAGACUAGUGUGUUUACCACAUCUGGUAGCACAAUUACUGCUACUAUCACCUCUACUAUUGUUCCAAACAACAACAACAACAACAACAACGGUGGAUCUGGUAGUUCCGAAACUGCUAAUACACCAGUUACUGUUACUAAGACUAGCGUGUACACUACAUCAGGUAGUACCAUCACAUCUGUUAUUACAUCUACUAUUGUUCCAAACAAUAAUAAUGAAAACGGAUCAGGUUCUCCAGGCAAUGCUAGUGAGUAUGUUGAGACUAUUUCUUCUGGUUCUGUUUACACCACUGUUACCAAGAGUGCCAAUGGUAACUCUGGUAAUUCCAACAAUGUUGUUACCAAGACUACAUCUGGUGGCAAAGUUAUUACCACCACUGUUCAAUCAGAAACUGUUUCUAGCACAGCUGCUAUUGAGGUUCAAAGUAUUCAAUCUCAACCAGCAUCUAGUGGAUUAAUUUCUAUUUACCAAGCUAGUGCUGUUUCAAACAGAAUAUCCACUUUCAAGAUGUUCUUUACUUUAUUUGUUUUGUUUUUCAAUUUAUUUUAA